AUGGUUGGCAUCAGAAAAUGGAUCCGAUCCAAGUUGGAUUCUACGGCUCACGGCAAAGGUCGGCGGCAAGGACAGGCUAUGCGUGAUGACCUGCCUUUCCUCCCCUUAUCGCGCCCCCGAGGAUUGACGCCCGUGCCGUCAUCACAAGAUAUUGCCAAUCGAUCGCAAUCAUUUUACAAUUAUGGUCUCUUCAGACAUUUGCCAUAUGAGCUGCGACGUCAGAUCCUUAUUAACGCGUUUGGUGGUCAGACGCUACAUUUGGACCUGACCUACGCCCGACCACUGGUGCGAAAGUUAACGUCAAUGGACCUUAGUAAUGGGAUUGAACGGGCGCAUUAUGGCUUGGGCUCUGAACUGGUUGUCAACAUGUCGCGAAGCGAAGGCUGGCAGUGGUUCAGCUGUGUAUGCCAUCGGCGCUUGGGAUACUCGGAGAGCGAGAUAGAUGAGAGGCAUACUGCCAACAAGUUUUACCAGACAAUAGAACCAUGUGAUGACCAGUGCUUAAAGGGUCUGAUGUGCGAUAAUGGGCAAUGUGGAUCUGCAUGCUUUGUGGGCACCAUGGGAUGGAUCUUGGCUUGUCGACAAGCCUACGUCGACGGGAUCGAGAUUCUUUACAGUACGAACACGUUCCAUAUCUCCAGCAUGGACAUAGUAUCCAACAUACCACGACUUCUGCCUCAUUCGCGCCUCAGCAGUAUCACCUCUCUCGAGCUUCUGUGGCAGCUCAACAGCUUCCAGUUUAGCAAGGGCGCGAUCGAGGACUUCAUCGAGCCCUUGUGGAAAGACCCCACGAAACAAGACUCCAUGUUGCAUACUCUUUGCGCUAUGAUUCCAGACACAUUCCCACACGUCCGGAGGCUCUACAUCUCAUUCCAGUGCGAACUCGUCCCACCGUCUGACAUACGGGAUAAUGACAACAUUUCGAAAGUAGAGUCCAUAUUUCUAGGUCCCGUGGAGCAGAUGCUACGCAUACUGGGCCCAGGACGAGGCAAGCAGUUCAACGUGGCAAUACAACGAGGUGGCUGGUAUACCAUGCUUUGGAAAUACUAUACACUACUAGGAACUAGACUGAGAGCUGAGUCAUCAGACGGUCUGAUGCGCGGCAAAUUCUGGAAAUCGCUCUGCCCAUCAGGCAACAAUGACCAAGACGUUAGAGGCGACUAUGGGUAUUGGAUCUGCGCAGGAUGGUGGGAUAUGGAUGCAAUCACAUAUGAUCACUGGAUUAUGAGUAACUGGGGAUGCAAAUGGGUUGGGCCGACAGACACCUUCUGA